AUGUCAUCAAGGAAGUCUAUUUCAUCUACACCAACGACAUCAAAUUCAAAAUUGAGAUCUCGUAAAACCAACAUCCAGCAACAAAAACAGUUGGAACAAACUAGCCCAAUCGAAGAUAAACUUGAAUUAAUAACAUCAUCAGGCACAUCCAUGGAAUCUGAUAUAGAAGACUUUAAUGAAGAUGAACUGUAUAAAGAUGAACUGUAUGAAGAUGAACUGUAUGAAGAUGAACUGUAUGAAGAUGAACCGUAUGAACAUGUAUCUGAAUUAUCUUCUUCAUCCUAUUCUGCUUCUCCAGAACCACUGUCAUCAAAUACGCCCCGUUACAAAAGACAGAAAAAAACAAAUGUUGUGAAAGAAGUACCUUUGCCAAGCAAAAAACCCACCAAAAAAGAACAUGGUAAUCAACUUGAUGAAUGUUAUAUUUCCUGUACUAUUAACGGCCAACAACGAAAUAUUCCAUUGAGAAACAUUGAAAUUGACGAGGAUUCACUUCAACUUUUCAAUCAACUAAAGUUUCCACACAUUUCACGAGAGUUGAAAAAUAAAGAAGAAACUUUAAAAGUUAACAAUUUGCCUGGUAAUGCUUUAAAGAGAAUAAUUAAUGAUUGUGAAGCUGACACCAAUGAAAUAAUGAAUAAAUAA